UCAUCGUACUCCUACAAAUUCACUGGCACUAGGCCAAAUUCAGACAAUCCACAUUUCCCUGUUGAAAUUUUCCGAUCGAUUAACGAAGUAGGUUUUUACGUACAACUAUAAACAGCAGCAUGGAACACCCUGAGGAUGAACCUCGUUCUGGAGGUGAACACCAUGAAAAACAUGAUGAUGAGGAAUCCGUUGCUCGUUCUGAGGAAUUUAAGAAGUCUGUAGAAGCUAAAAUGGCACUUCGUCAGAGUAACAUGAACCCUGAAAGACCUGACUCAGGUUUUCUUAGAACAUUGGAUUCCAGCAUUAAACGCAACACAGCUGUUAUUAAAAAACUUAAGCAAAUUAAUGAAGAGCAGCGAGAAGGAUUGAUGGAAGAUUUGCGGAGUGUUAACUUAAGCAAAUUUGUCAGUGAAGCAGUGGCAGCUAUUUGUGAUGCAAAACUUAGAUCUGCAGACAUUCAAGCUGCUGUUCAGAUCUGUUCUUUGCUUCAUCAGAGAUACAAAGACUUCUCACCAAGUCUGGUUCAAGGUCUCAUGAAAACCUUUUUUCCUGGUAAAUCUGGUGAAGACCCAGAGGCAGACAGGAAUUUGAAGGCCAUGAAGAAACGUAGUACUUUAAAACUUCUACUGGAGCUUUACUUUGUCGGAGUCAUAGAUGAUAGUGGCAUCUUUGUUAACAUUAUUAAGGAUCUCACUAGCCUAGAGCAUUUGAAGGACCGUGAUGCAACACAGACAAAUCUGUCCCUUCUUGCUAGUUUUGCUCGACAAGGAAGGUAUCUCCUUGGGCUUCCGCAGACUGGACAAGAUGUUCUUGAAGAGUUUUUUAAGAGCCUCAAUGUGAUGGCAGAACAGAAAAGGUUCUUUAGGAAGGCAUUUCAAACAUAUUAUGAUGCUGCUGUUGAACUACUUCAAUCAGAGCAUGUGUCACUUCGCCAAAUGGAGCAUGAGAAUGCAAAGAUCAUAAAUGCUAAAGGUGAACUUAGUGAUGAAAAUGCCUCUUCAUACGAAAAACUGCGAAAAUCAUAUGACAAUCUAUACCGUGGCAUCUCUGCUUUAGCAGAAUCAUUGGAUAUGCAACCUCCUGUGAUGCCUGAGGAUGGUCAUACAACUAGGAUGAGUUCAGGGGAGGAUUUGUCAUCUCAAAGUGCUGGUAAAGAUAGUCCUGUCCUUGAAGCUCUCUGGGACGAUGAAGAUACAAAGGCUUUCUAUGAGUGCUUACCAGAUCUCAGAGCGUUUGUUCCAGCUGUAUUGUUGGGAGAAGCAGAACCGAAAUUGAAUGAGCAAUCUCCUAAGACGCAAGACCAAUCAACUGAUUUGGCUGCUGAAGCUGACCAAUGUCAGAUAACGCGAGAACUGGCAGAUGUUUCUUUGGAUUCUGGAUCUUCCCAGGAAGACAAAGGUGAGAAAGUGAAGGAUAAAGAUGAAAGGGAUAAAGAAAAAAGUAAAGAAAUUGAAAAAGAUAAAGGAAAAGAAAAGGAUGCUGAGAGAAAAGGAGAAAGUGACAAGGAGAAAGUUAAAGGUCUUGAAGGGACAAGUCUGGAUGCGCUACUGCAGAGACUCCCUGGUUGUGUGAGCCGUGACUUGAUUGACCAGUUGACUGUGGAAUUUUGCUAUUUAAAUUCGAAGUCUAAUAGGAAAAAGCUUGUCAGGGCUUUGUUCAAUGUGCCCAGGACAUCACUAGAGUUGUUGCCAUAUUAUUCUCGCAUGGUUGCCACCCUGUCAACAUGUAUGAAGGAUGUGUCUUCUAUGCUUUUACAGUUGUUGGAGGAAGAAUUCAACUUUUUGAUCAAUAAGAAGGAUCAAAUGAACAUUGAAACUAAAAUCCGGAAUAUCCGUUUUAUUGGAGAACUCUGCAAAUUCAAAAUUGCGCCAGCUGGGCUUGUUUUCAGCUGCUUAAAGGCUUGUUUAGAUGAUUUCAGUCAUCACAACAUUGAUGUUGCGUGCAAUCUUCUUGAGACGUGUGGUCGUUUCCUUUAUCGUUCUCCUGAGACUACCAUGCGCAUGGCUAACAUGUUGGAGAUAUUAAUGCGUUUGAAGAAUGUAAAAAAUUUGGAUCCUCGCCAUAGCACCUUGGUGGAGAAUGCAUAUUAUUUGUGUAAGCCACCAGAAAGAUCUGCUCGAGUUUCUAAAGUUCGUCCACCGCUUCAUCAGUAUAUCAGGAAAUUGCUUUUCUCAGAUCUUGAUAAAUCUUCAAUUGAGCGCGUGCUGAGACAACUUCGGAAACUACCUUGGAGUGAAUGUGAUCCUUACCUUUUGAAGUGUUUUAUGAAGGUUCACAAGGGAAAAUUUGGUCAGAUUCACCUGAUUGCAUCACUUACUGCUGGCUUGAGUCGUUAUCAUGAUGACUUUGCUGUUGCUGUUGUUGAUGAGGUUUUGGAGGAAAUCAGACUUGGGUUAGAGUUGAACGAUUAUGGGAUGCAGCAGAGGCGUAUUGCCAACAUGCGUUUUCUGGGAGAAUUGUACAACUAUGAACUUGUGGAUUCAUCUGUUAUUUUUGAUACUCUAUACCUGAUACUGGUUUUUGGCCAUGGGACAGCAGAGCAAGAUACAUUGGAUCCACCAGAGGACUGCUUUCGCAUCAGGAUGGUCAUCACACUUCUUGAAACUUGUGGGCAUUAUUUUGAUCGAGGUUCAUCAAAGAGAAAACUUGAUCGAUUCUUAAUCCAUUUCCAGAGAUACAUUCUGUGCAAAGGUGCAUUACCACUGGAUAUUGAAUUUGACUUGCAGGAUCUAUUUGCUGAAUUACGCCCUAACAUGACUCGAUAUUCGUCAGUCGAGGAAGUUAAUGCAGCUUUGGUUGAACUUGAGGAGCAUGAGCGUGUUGUUGCAACCGAGAAGGCAAAUAUUGACAAGCAUUCAGAGACUGGAAAAUCUCCUAGCAGGACUAGUUCUGGUGUUAUUUCUGUAAAUGGACAAAGCAUUGCGAAUGGUACUGAGGAAAAUGGUGAACUGCAUGAUGACAUUGUUGGAGAGACAGACAGUGAUUCUGGUAGUGGAACCCCUGAGCGGAUGGGUCAUCAUGAUGAAGAAGAUUCAGAUGAAGGGAAUCAUGAUGAGGAGAGCGAGACUGAUGAGGAUUAUGAUGACUUAGUUGGUCCUGCUUCUGAUGAAGAAGAUGAGGUGCAUGUUAGGCAGAUUGCUGCACAAGUGGAUCCUCAGGAAGCAGCUGAAUUUGACAGAGAACUCCGUGCUAUAAUGCAGGAGAGCUUGGAUUCAAGAAAACUUGAGUUGCGGGCUCGACCUACUCUCAACAUGAUGAUACCUAUGAAUGUUUUUGAGGGGCCUACCAAAGACCACUUAGGAAAGAGUACUGAAGGAGAAAGUGGUGAUGAGGCAAUAGAUGAAGCAGCAGGAGGAAACAAGGAGGUUCAAGUAAAGGUUCUUGUGAAGCGGGGUAACAAGCAACAAACAAAACAGAUGUCGAUUCCUCGAGAUUGCACCCUUGUGCAGAGCACAAAACAGAAGGAAGCUGCUGAGCUUGAAGAGAAACAAGACAUCAAACGGCUUGUUUUAGAAUACAAUGAUAGAGAAGAAGAGGAGCUUAAUGGGCUGGGUAUGCAAACCCUGAGCUGGACCCAAAGUGCAGGAAGCAGAGUGGGUAACAGGGGCCAUGCAUGGGAAGGGCACGGUAGGACUACUGGAUCACGUGGUCGGCAUCAUUAUAUACAUCAUUCUGGUGGAGGGAUGCAUUACAGCAGAAGAAGAUAAAAAACUAUAUUGCUUUUAGGGUAAAUAAUAACAUUUGCAGACUAAGCAACCCUCAAGCUCUCGCUUGUGCACGAUUUGAGCCGUGGCAACGUCUUAAAUCUGGCAUAAGGGGAGACAACACUGGACGUGCCGCAUCAUCAGUUCUCUGGCAUAUUGACUGGAUUGAGAUACUUGAUUGUCUUGUUGCUUUGCGACCGCAGCACCUUGUAGAAUAAGUUUCGAAGAGGCGUGUGGAAGGUAUGUAUACUCGUUGGGGUUUGGAUUUUCAGUGAAGGAUAGAAAUUAAGCUUUCAACAUUUUACAUUGGCUUUGCAUAGAUAAGUUUAUGGUACUCGCUAUGUACAUUUGUAAACGCAUGAAUGUAAACUAGUAAAUGAACUUGGUAGAGAACAGUUAUGUUGUUUUGCCUAGCCAAAUUGAACAGUUUUGCUUGGAUGUUCUACUUGAGUGCAAA